AUGUCGUUGCCAGAAGACGUCUUUGUAUCAAUUAAGAAACAAAAAAGUCCCCAGGAAGAGACCAAAGCCACCGAAUCCAACCUCUCUCGGGUCCUGGGAGAGUGUGAGAUGUCGUUGCCAGAAGACGUCUUUGUCCACAUCACCUGCUGCCAUCCAGGGUUGACAGAGACCCAAGGGAUCCCCUUCCCCACCUGCACUCUGCCACCUGGAAUCAACAGCUGGAGUCUCUCCCGCUACUUUGACAAAGUCCAGCAUCUGGGCAGAGACAUCAAGUCAGCCUCAGUGCAGGACACCAUCCAGGGCUGGUGGAAGAGUGGACACUGCAAAUUGUCCCUGGAGGUGCAGGAGAGAGAAAACAUGAAUGUCGCCUUUAGUCAGAAUUAGGCAAAGAUGCAACUGAACUGGGACCUGGCAUAGGGAGCUGGUGACACCGGCCCUUCUGUGGUGGGCCUCGUCUCCACUCCAGGUAUGGCCGAGUUGCUGGCUGUCCCCGUGGUUGAGGUCCCCAUGGUCCUGGAGCCUGGGAAGCAGGUCUCUCCACAUGAGACACAUGAGGGCCUGCUGCAGGAAGCCUUCCCCGUCAUGCUCUCAGAUGACAUCUCAGCCUUCCUGAGCAACAAGGACACCCAGAACCUCAGCUCCCCUGUUACCUUCACCUUCUCCCACGAUUCAGUGAGCCCUGGGCCAAGGCACAGGGUGCUCUGUGUCUUCUGGGAGUGUGGCCAGAAUGGCUGUGGUCAUUGGGACACCACAGGCUGCAGGAUGGUGAGCACUGGAGACACCAGCACCAGCUGCAGCUGCACCCACCUCAGCAGCUUUGCUGUCCUCAUGGCCCAUCACGUCGUGCAGGAGGAGGAUCCUGCGCUGACGAUCGUCACCUACAUGGGGCUGGGCCUCUCCCUGCUGUGCCUCCUCCUGGCGGGCCUCACAUGCCUCCUGUGCAAAGCCAUCCACAACACCAGCACCUCCCUGCACCUGCAGCUCUCACUCUGACUCUUCCUGUCCCACCUCCUCUUCCUCAUUGCAAUCGACCGGACAGAACCCAAGGUGCUGUGCACCAUCAUCGCUGGUGCCUUACACUACCUCUACCUGGCCUCCUUCACCUGGAUGCUGCUGGAGGGCCUGCACCUGUUCCUCACUGCACGAAACCUGACUGUGGUCAAUUACUCCAGUGGGAGCAGACUCAUGAAGAAGCUCAUGUUCCCUGUGGGCUACGGGCUCCCAGCUUUGAUUGUGGCAAUUUCUGAAGCAUCAAGACCCCAUCUCUAUGGAACACCUGCCUGCUGCUGGCUCCACGCAGAAAAGGGAUUUCUAUGGGGCUUCCUUGGGCCCGUCUGCAGCAUCUUCUCUGUCAAUUUGGCCUUUUUUUUGAUGACACUCUGGAUUUUGAAAAGCAAACUCUCUUCUCUCAACAGCGAUGUGUCCACCCUCCAGAACACAAGGAUGCUGACAUUUAAAGCAAUAGCUCAGCUCCUCAUCUUGGGCUGCAUGUGGUGUCUGGGCAUCCUGCUGGGGGGUCUAGCGGUCCAGGUCAUGGCCUAUCUCUUCACCAUCAUCAACACCAUGCAGGGCGUCUUCAUCUUCCUGGUGUACUGCCUUCUCAGCCAGCAGGUCUGGGAGCGAUAUGGAAAAUGGUUCAAAAGAAUCAGGACAUUAAGAGCUGAGUCUGAGAUGUAUACGCUCUCCAGCAGGGCUGAGUCUGAUGCCUCCAAACCCACCAUGGUAAGAUCACGCCUUGCUGCCAGACACUUCACUAACCAAUCCACCUGA